ACUGCCUAGCCCUUGGAGUUGCGUUUGUAAAUGGCACAUGAAGCGGACACCACCAAGACACAGAAAAAAGCCGUUAUCUACAAACUCUGCAACUGAAACCACUUAUUCAGAACUGGGCACUGUGAGAGCCUUGUUAAGUACACUGACCAAGCAAAAAAGUAAAAGAAAAUAAAAAAGAGAGAGAAAGAAAAUGCCAACCUUGAAUCUCUACACAAACAUACCAGUUGAUGCAGUCACCACCUCUGAUAUUCUCAAAGAUGCCACCAGAGCUGUUUCUAAAAUCAUUGGCAAGCCUGAAUCGUAUGUGAUGAUUUUGCUGAAUGGAGGAGUGCCUAUUGCAUUUGCGGGCACUGAAGAACCAGCUGCAUAUGGGGAAUUGAUCUCGAUUGGGGGACUUGGGGCAAGUGUUAAUGGAAAAUUGAGUUCAACCAUUGCUGAUAUUCUUCAAACAAAGCUCUCGGUUGAUAGCUCUCGCUUUUACAUUAAAUUUUAUGAUGUUCAGCGCUCCUUCUUUGGUUUUAAUGGCUCAACUUUCUAAACAGCUUCAAUAUGACGUUAUUUGGAAAAUGCUGCAGAUUGAAGCUACAUUAUGACCACCUAAUUGCCAUUUAUACCUUAAAUAGUAGUUUUACUUUUUUCAAGGAACAUUGGUUAUAGGUUACUAUUGUAUGUUCAAAUUAGUGCUAUUAAGUAUUUUUCAUGUUCUCA